UUUUAGUAUGGCAUGGUUCCAGUGCACGUGAUAAAUUAUGGGUCCACAGCCCCGAGCACGGACGUACCAAGAGAUACUUGGCAAUUUCGUCUCGGGGGCAACGGCGGGGGCUGUCGCUAAAACAACCAUCGCACCACUUGAUAGGGCCAAAAUCGUAUUUCAGGUAUCUUCUAAAAGAUCAUUUUCAUACCGAAAAUGUGUCCAGUUUUUAGCGUCCACCGUUCGGGAAAAUGGAGUCACCAUGAUGUGGAAAGGUAACAGCGCCACGAUGGUACGGAUUGUACCCUAUGCAGCAAUAACUUACAUGUCAAACGAAUCUUACAAAGAUUACUUCAAAAGAAAAGAUCCAGACGGCAAACUGUCCCACGUAUACCGGUUCUGUUCUGGCAGCAUGGCUGGGUUAACCGCUAGUUUCUCCACCUACGGCCUCGAGGUUUUGAGGGCUAGAAUGGCUGUUAAAAGCGAGUAUGUUAGUAUUUUACAGAGUCUGAAGUAUAUUCUGAAAACGGAAGGAGUCUCGUCUUUGUACAGGGGGCUAGCUCCAACACUGAUAGGGGUCUCUGUGUACGGGGGGACCAGUUUCUACGUGUUCGGAACCUUGAAGAACAUUAACCCUCUAAGUGAGUAUCACAGCGCAGAUCAGGUUGUUUUUCAGAAACACUCGAACAGUUCAUCAGACGGUUUACUCACCGAGCACCGCCUCCUAUACGGAGGGUUUGCAGGGCUGUGUGGUCAGAGUAUUUCCUACCCUCUGGACGUAACACGGCGUCGUAUGCAGACUGGCGGUAUCAAGGGGGAUCAUCUGGAACGUUACAGCACUAUGAGGGGUACACUGUCACACAUUUACCAGAACGAAGGAAUAAAGCGUGGUCUCUACAAAGGACUGAGCCUGAAUUUCUUGAAGGGACCCCUAGCAUCCAGCAUCAGCUUCACCGUCUUCGACUACAUGAACACUGUUAUAUCUGGCUACGAGUCGUAUUAAUGUAACCGCGGUAUCGCCACAGCAACCAUGGUAACCAUGGUAACCGAAGUAACGCCACAGUAACCAUGGUAACGCCACAGUAACCAUGGUAACCACGUUAACGCCACAGUAACCAGGCACUGAUUCUGAUGACUAGAUAAUUUGUCAGUUGAUCCAAUUAGCGGGACGGCUUGAUCGCCAGCUAUUAACCGUUGUAUUCAUGUAUUAAUGUAGUAACCGUGGUUUCGCGUCGCGCCACUGUUAUUAAGCCGCGCAAUGGCUGCACGUGCAAACUGCAAGGGUGGGAGUAACGCCACGUUAUUACUGUGCAAUGGAAAUAAUUAACAGCAGCAUAAUUUACGAUGCUCUAUGAUUUACAGUGCAUAAUUUAAGAUGCGAUAUUACAGGUUUUAGUAAGUUGGAUACGAUGACUAUGUUUUUCUUUUCAAGUAAUGUUUCAUAUUGAAAGCCUUGUGGGGCGCCAAAUUAAGUUGUUUUUAUACGCUAAAGCAGAAAGAAAUUGUUUGAUAUUAACUAAUAGACAUUUUUAUCUGCUUCGUAAACAUCGGGUUACAGAUGGUACUGUUUUUAUAUUAUGCGUUAUUUGAGCAAGAAUAGUCUAGAAAAAAUAAACUUUACAUCAGAAAAUGUUACACUAGUUGGUAUAGUAACCGAUCUAUGUUCAUUAAAAUGUAUAUUGUGUAAUAUCCUAUUGAGGCUCUACUACUAAAUAAUACGAAUUAUGUUGAAGGAAGAAAUUUUAGGAAUGUUCGGAUAUUAAAGAUUGAAAGUUGAAAGUUAGUGGAAACAAAUGUUUGGAUUUUAGUAUGUUGGUGAUUAUUUAUAAUUAUAAGCGAUUUAUUUUUAUUUUUGUAUGCAUUUCCAGUUUCAUCUUUAGACUCGAGCAAAUCCUGUUGCGCUCAGUAGCUAUUUUUACUUAGGUUUAAUACUGUUGCUGCAACAGCCAUAGCUAGAACCAGGUUCAGUUCUCGAUCGCAUCAUAAAAUGGACUUCAACUUUUUCCAGACCCUCGUAGUACCAUUUUAAGAGAUCUGAAAGCCAUUUGAUUGUUAUUUUCGGUUAAAUAAUUGUACUGUUAUAUCGUAGUGCUCGUCGCACAAUUCUGAAACUAUACCAUAUCAAAGAGACUCGGAAAAUGAGUUGAAUGGAAUUUUUUGAGUUUCGCUAUUUAUACCGAAAAUGUUCGCUUUUGACUUAAAUGAAGUGUCAUACUCAUGUCAUGGCGUUUAUGCUAAAGUAGUAUACACUGAGAUCUGUAUCGUCGAUAGUUAACUUAUUGUGAUUUUAAUGUGAUUGAAA